GGAAGCACUUUGUUCUGCGUUACGUCCUGUGGUUACAUAUUUGAAAUGCUCCAUGGCUGGAUACUUUACAUUAAAAAAAUAAAAUAAAAAAACCUCCCAAAUGUGAGCAAAAUGAAUUACAUGCCAGGGACUGCGAGCCUCAUCGAGGAUAUUGAUAAAAAACACCUUGUUCUACUUCGUGAUGGGAGAACAUUGAUUGGGAUCCUAAGAAGCAUAGAUCAGUUUGCUAAUUUAGUUUUGCAUCAAACGGUUGAACGGAUCCAUGUUGGUAAAAAAUUUGGUGACAUACCUCGUGGGAUAUUCGUUGUCAGAGGAGAAAAUGUCGUCUUGCUUGGUGAAGUAGAUCUGGAUAAAGAAUGUGAUCAAAUCCUCCAGAGAGUUUCCAUUGAGGAAAUUCUGGAGGAACAGCGGACAGAACAGCAAGCCAAGCAAGAGUCAGAGAGACUGAAGCUACAGGCAGUGAAAGAGCGAGGGUUGUCAAUCCCUAAAGCUGACACAUUAGAUGAUUUCUGAAACAACUUUACGUUUAGGAUUUUGAUUUUUGGUUUUAUUCAGUGGUUAUGUUUGGUAUGAGACAAUCUGUCUUUAAAAUCAUUAUGCUAUGAUUGUUUAAUGGAGGAAAGAGGAGAGAAAAUUUGGUUUCACUAGUUGCUCUAAAGGAAGAAUUUUGAGAAUUGCUCACCAUCUAAGUUUCUUUGUAUGGCCAAUAUCAUAGUGAAAUGGAUGAUGGACCAAACUGAAGCACUUGGCCUGUUGGCUUUUAGUUUAAACUUAGUAAAACAGUGAUAAUAUACAGGAAGGGUUUAUUUCAGUGUUUACUAUGUUAAAGAUGUGACGCUAUGGUUAAGUUGGUAUAUUAUGUGAAACUCAUGAAACAACACUGAAAAUAUUUUUGUUCUAUUAAACCUAUUUUAUACUGAUGCAGAUAUUUGUACUUUAAUUUACAUAGCUCAUUGCCUCUCAGAAACUUCAUAUAUCAAACAGAAUUUAAUGUACAACUUUGAUGUAUUUUGAUAUUCUCUUAGAAACCAAUCAGCACAGAGGGCACAUUAAAUAUUUACUAACCAAUUAGUAUUUUCUUCCCCUACAGAUAUAGAAUUAACUGUAUUGCCAUAGACUUCCUUAUAUAUAUACAAGUUUUGUAUGUGCUUGAGCACAUUACUGCCCAGAUGCAAAGCUUUUCGUGUUAAACAUGUCCUUGCAUCAGUCGGUAGCUAGGGGGUGAUUUUGUAUAUGCUUUGUUUUGAGGCAAUUGGAGAGGAGGGCAUCAGAAUCUACACUUGUGUUAGACACUAGUAUGUUUUUACAGAAGUUACAGAGAACAUAUUCGACUAAACUGCAAAUGUAUUAUUUUAGCUUCCUUCAGAAAUUAAAGGUUGAGCUUGAUGGUAACUCUA